GUUGAGAUGCGGUUAAAGAAGUUAUUAAGAGAGUUUGGAUAUUUUCAGUACUUCAAGGGAACUUCAAGGGACGAACGCGACGGUUACGUGUCAUGGGUUCUUGAGGUGCCGAAUCCAGUUGUUGAUCUCGAUUUCAUGAAUGGUGAAAUUUGUGCUUUUUGCUGUGCAUGUCGAGUUCCCUUUAUUUUUUUCUGGCUUUCUUUUUUCUUUUUCGUUGUCAGAAUGAGAUGUCCAAAAUUUAAUGCCGCGCGAAUUUUCGCGUAAUUGUUUAUUUGAUCUCUUUAGCAUUUUAUCUUUUUUCUGAACACAUUAUCCUCGAUUCUUCCUCAUUAUGGUUUUACCAAGAAAACACCCACCCAUUGCGAGCCUCAUGAACAAAAAACCCCAAGCCAUGCAAGGCGUUCCGUUACAUGCAAAGCCGUUGGCGAUUCAGAAUGGAGCAAUGGAGACUGCCAGGAACCAAGCAACGCGAACGCAACUGCUGCCAAAAACAGAAAUCACAGAAUCGUCACUCCUUCCAACUGUGCAGGUCACAACAAAAGCGGGAUCGAGGCGUCGAGAUCGUAAAACGUUCUUCGAUUUGCCUCAUAAAGCGCAUGAUGCUGCCACGAACCGCACUUUUACACUGGAAUGUAAACUGGGCGAGGGAGCGACGGCCGAAGUCUUUCAGGCGUAUGACUCUGAGGGUCAAAAGUUCGCCAUUAAAGUUAUUCCCAAGACUCGCAUUGCCAACUCGUACCAAAAGGCCCGUUCCCUUGACGAAAUCAAGCUUCACCGAAGAUUAGACCAUCCCAACAUUGUCAAGUUUCAUUGCUACUUUUUUGAUGCAGAAUACGCCUACAUUGUCAUGGAACUAUGUGAAAACAAGACUUUAAUGCAUUUGUUACGAGAAGAGACCGUUUUGAGUGAACAUCAAGUUCAUCAUUUUCUGGUCCAAAUCCUGGAAGCACUUCGUUACAUGCACGCUCAGGAUAUCAUGCACGGUGACUUGAAACUAUGCAAUGUCAUGCUAGAUAAAAACAUGAACCCUAAAAUCGGUGAUUUUGGUCUGGCAACCUAUGUCUGCGAACAGAAACAAACGGGUCUUUGUGGCACCCGCCAUUUUGUCGCGCCGGAGGUCAAGAACAAGGAAGGCUACGACAAAUCUGCCGAUAUCUGGUCCAUUGGGGCCAUUACUUAUACCAUGCUUUUUGGACGUUAUCACAACGAGGAAAGAUCGGCGUGGUAUGAUGGCGUGUAAGUGAGCGCUACAUCGUUUAUUUGAGGGAAAUGUGUCUCAUAGUAUUCUCGUCCGUAGAAAUAUCGGAUCUCCACAGGUCACUGAACUCGUCUUUCCUUCGCACAUCCGCAUCUCCAACCAAGCCAAAAAUUUCAUAUCCAAAACCCUUGUCUUCCGCCCUGAAUUGCGCUGCACCGUUGAGCAGUUGCUUCAAAGUCCUUUCCUUGGCAACGCCAACGCCAACACCAACUCAAUACCAACACCAGCACCAUUGUCUGAGCCGGCAGACG